UUUCGUGAAGAAAUUUGAAAAAAACCUUUAUAAAAAUUUAACGAAAGAGCAUUGAACCGCAAAUAAAACAAUUAAAAGAAAAAAGAAAAAAUCACAAAGACAAUUUUGCGAUAAAGUGUAGAAUAUAGAAUCGCUGCUGAUUCCGAAGUAACUUCGGCAAAUAUUAGCUUUGUUUUAUUGGUUAAACAUAAAGGAUAGAACGAGAAAUUGUCUAACAUCAACAACAAAUGCCAAAUCAGGUUUCAUUGUGCAUCGUAAAGAUCGAAAUUGACCCACAGCUGAGUGAGGAUUUUGAACCCGGAGCCACAUCUGCUGAACAUCCCACAAAUCCGCGCAUGCUAAAAGAGCGUGAACGUGAUCGAGGUCUGCGACAAGCCAACCAGAUUGUCAUUGAAACUUACACAAAUCGUUUGUUAGCACACGCGGACGAACUACAACUUUCAGCAGCAGAGGUGCAUCAACAGGCAACAGUUGGAGGUGAAGCUUCUGUACCGCUUGAUAUGAGUGGCGAACGUAAAAGGGAUUUGCGCUCAACAGCUAGUGGUUCACGUGAAGCUACGCCGCUCGAAGAAGGCCAAUGUGCACCUGAAUUUCCCAAGGAAAUUGGAUUCUUCUCCGGUAACCCGGAAGUUACCAACGGCAUUGUGCAUUUAUACAAGAAAAAUGAGCGUAAGGAAUUAAAAGAGGGACCAUCCGAUAAGUUGUGCUUGCUGGCGGUGCCUGCCAGUGUAAGUUGUCAUGACUUAAUGGGCUUUGUAGCGCCCUGUCAGUCGGCGAUUAGACACAUACGCAUUGUACGCGACGGCAGCCCCAAUCAAUUUAUGGUGAUACUCGAAUUUCGUUCGAAUGCUGCAGCCUUAGAGUUUUACCAGUCAUACAAUGGCGCCGCUUAUAAUUUGUUGGAGCCCGACUCUUUGUGUCAUGCCGUAUGGGUGUCGGAAAUUGAGCGCGGUGGAGAUGGUGUGCCACCAGCUGGUCAUACCGAACUACCCAAUUGUCCAGUUUGCUUGGAGCGUAUGGACGAAAGCGUUGAUGGCGUAUUGACUAUACUAUGUAAUCAUGCCUUUCAUGCCAACUGCCUUAUAAAAUGGGGUGAUUCCACAUGUCCUGUUUGUCGUCAUGUGCAGACUCCUGAGUUGCUUGAGAACUCCGUUUGUAUGGAGUGUGAGGGCACAGAUUCUCUAUGGAUUUGUCUGAUUUGCGGUCACGUUGGUUGUGGUCGCUAUCAAGGUGGUCACGCUGCGGCACAUUAUCGCGCCACGAAUCACACUUUUGCCAUGCAGUUAGGUACGUCAAGCGUCUGGGACUAUGCUGGAGACAAUUUCGUACAUCGGCUCUUCCAAAACAAGACCGAUGGCAAAUUGGUGGCUACUGCUAACGACGAGGGCGAAGAGAAGAUCGAUUCAAUGCAACUAGAAUUCACAUAUUUACUGACAUCGCAGUUGGAUACGCAGCGCAAAUAUUAUGAAGAUCGCUUGGAUCGCCUGGAAAUGGAGUGGCGGGACUUCAAAGCCGGUGCUGACAAUGAUAGCAGCAAAGUGAGCGCUUUGGAGCAAAAAGUGCAAACACUAACCAAGGAAAAGCAGAUAUUGGAGCGCAAGUUGACACAAAAUGCCACAAAAUUGAAGGACAUGCAAAAGCAGCUCGCCGAGGAGCGUGAAUUCUCCAAAACGUUGCAAAGCAAUCAUAGUUCUUGGCAGACCAAAUAUGCAACACUCGAAAAACAAUACAAAGAAUACAAGGAGGCGCGCGAAGCUGAGUUGAAUGAUGUCAAGGAGCAACUGCGCGACAUUAUGUUCUAUAUGCAGGCCCAGAGCAAAAUCGCCGAUUCUGAGCUCAAGGAUGAGAUUGUUGGUGGCACGGUUGUGGUGCCUGAAGCAGAAGCAAGCACUUCCGCAGGAAAAACGGCCAGACGAAAGAAGAAGCAUUAAUUUUUAUAAUUGCCACAGCCUUUCCUUGGCUCAACUUCUGCUUAUUGGAGACUAAAAAGAAUUUUCACUAUAACUUAAAAGCACUACAGACGUAAAGUGGCUGCUAUUUUUAGCAUGUAAGCAUUUAAAAAUAAAACAUUGUACUAUGAAUGCUAAUCAAAUUAAAUAGCUUUAUAUAAACAUACAUACAUACAUACUUAUACACAAAAAUGAGAAAUAAACCUUUACAUAUCGCUU